CAUAAUGACUUAUUGCGCAUGCGUGAUAUGGGACAUAAUGAUCAACAAAGUCUUGGCGACAUUUCCUUCUAACAAAAACAUUGGAUAGUUCUUAGAUUAUUAUUAUUUUUUAUUCAAUACUAAGCUUUAAAAAUUCUCACAAUGUAAAGACAUCAAAGUAACUCGUAAAUGAAGGAUACAAGAACUGGGAUGUUGUUUUCAAUGACGGAUUUAUUGCUGACCUUUAAAUUGCGUAUUUGCUUCACUCAUGAAAGACUAUUACACUGCAGUGUCAACAACUGGCUUUUCCAAUACGAAAACCGGUGAGGAGCAAGAUUCUCAAGAGAUACAAAUUAAAAUGACGAAAACAGUGAGAAGAUGGGAGGUUUUCCCAGGAAAAAACAAAUUCUAUUGUGGUGGGAGGAUAAUGAUGGCUAGACAAGCUGGAGUAUUUUAUCUCACAUGUGCACUCAUAAUUAUAACAAGUGGACUUUUUUUCGCAUUCGAUUGUGUUUAUCUGGCUAUAAAAGUCACGCCUGCCAUCCCAGCCAUUGGAGGUGCAUUGUUUAUAUUUGUUAUGGCCACACUGCUGCGUACCAGCUUCAGUGACCCUGGGGUUAUACCCAGAGCCUCAGCGGAAGAGGCAGCAGAAAUGGAGAGGCAAAAUGAAGUAGCCAAUCCUAACUCACCUGGGACAUACAGGCCACCACCCAGGACAAAAGAGGUUGUGAUCAAAGGCCAAGUCAUCAAGCUAAAGUAUUGUUUUACCUGUAAAAUAUUUCGCCCACCCAGGGCAUCACAUUGCAGUUUGUGUGAUAACUGUGUUGAACGGUUUGACCAUCACUGUCCUUGGGUUGGCAACUGUGUUGGCCGGAGGAAUUACCGCUAUUUUUACUUGUUCAUUCUAUCAUUAUCUUUAUUGUGCAUCUACAUCUUUGCUUGUGUGCUGACUAAUCUUAUAUUACGAGCCCAAGAGGACAAUUUUUUGACGGCUAUGAAAGAUUCACCAGCUAGUGUAAUAGAGGCUCUUGUAUGUUUUUUCUCCAUCUGGUCAGUUGUGGGCCUUGCUGGUUUCCACUCGUAUCUCACAGCCUCGGAGCUCACCACCAAUGAAGAUAUCAAAGGUACUUUUACAGCCAAAAGAGGACAAGAUAAUUUUAAUCCCUUUAGUAAAGGGACUCUAUUUAAAAAUUGUAUGGGAGUUUUAUGUGGACCAAAUCCUCCAAGCUUAUUAGAUAGACGUGGUCAUGUGGUGCCAGAGACUGAGACAGUGUCACAUGUAAGUGUUGGUCAUGCUGAGAAAGAUGCUAACAUGGUGAUCUCUCACCACGAGUACUAUGGGUCCACGCACAUCACUACUCAGAAAACUAAUAACAUUGGUACAAGUACUAACCCUGACAGGCCUGUCACAGUUGUAACUGAUGAGACACCACCAGAGGGAAUUAAAAAGCGAGACAUGAUCAGCUACCAGACACCAGACGGAACAAUUAACAAUAAAGUUCCACCCAUCAGUGGAUCAGGAGUGAGUCCAGGCCCCAAUUGUAUAGGAAAAAAGAAUCAUAUAUGGGACAUGACCCUUAACCAGCUAGACUACCUGGGUCACAGAGUCAACAUUUACCCAGUCAACCAUGGUGGUGUCAACUACUACAGGGAUCAAAACAGUAGACAGUCCAACCCAUAUCCACUGUCUCCCGGAUACAGAGAAGACCUGAACCAAAAGUUUGUGGCCUCGCGGGGUGUCAGCACUGGAGACUUCCAGGGUGUCAAUUAUUAAACAAGUCGCCACUGAGGGAUAAUCUACUGUUUCUUUUUUUAUUGUCACAGCAGUCAUUGCCUGCCCUUUUAGUUUGUGUGUGUUUCCAUUUCUUUGAUCAUUUGUUCCCCUUUGUUGAUAGCUUGUGUAGUUCAUGAGAAAUGAUCAACGUAUCAACCACUUUGACAAGACAUGUCCCAUACUUCAGUCGAACAUCUUUGGUUCUCUUCAUCAUCUAUUUUAUAUUGCUUUUUUUUUUUUUUUUUUUUUUUUUUAACAUUGUUUUUACUGACUUAUAGAAUUUGUAAUGGCAUUGAUAAGUUCAUUGGAUAAAAACAUAUUUGUAUUGAUGUAUUAUACUUUUCUAUGUGGUGUGACAACUGUACUCUAUGUGGCUUUAACAUGUAUACCAUUAGUACUGGUUAUCAGAUUAACAUUGUUCCGUGGUUUCUCCUCUACAUCAUCAUGUUCUUAUUAUUGGUCUUUAAGAAUUGAUCUCUGAGAGUUUUUGUUUGUCUUUUUUUUCUUCUGUUGAUCCCAAGAAGAUUAUUGUUAUUUAUUUUGUAAUAUAUUGUUUGUAUACAAAUAGUUUUGUUGCACUAUGAUUGUUUUAUAUUUAGCAAAAAAAACAACUGUGUUAACUAGACAAAGAAAUAAGAAGCUUUUAGUUUACAAAAACAAAUACAAUUUAAGAUUACAUUGUGUACACAAAUUGUACAUAUCAUAUGAAAACAUAAAGAGUUUGACUAAUUUGAGCUUGAACAUUCGACAAGUCCAGUGUUUCCCUAAGUUUUUCUCUAACGGAACACUUCGCACAUUCCGAAAAUGAGGCCGAACACUUGGCUUAUUUUAGAGGUUGAAUCAAUUCUUAUUUGUUUAAAUAUAACAAAUAAUACUAAUUAAAUCAUAUUCUAAAUUAAGAAUUUUUGGUUUUAAAGUAUAAAACUGAAAUUUAAAAAAUACAGAGAUAAUCAUGUGAAAAAAAACUUAAAUGACUUGUGUGUCGUUGAUAAGCAUAACAUCUUGAUAUCAGGCAUGAUAUGCUGAAUUCCUAUAUAUGAUGUGGCAUGCAUUGAAAACUUGUAUAGAGAUAUUUUUUAAAAUGUAAUAAAACAAUUAUGACGCUUCGUUAAUUUUUUAGAUAAAAAAUGUGCAGACCUUGUAAGGGUAUUAGCAGAAAUGGAUAUAAAAAUAGGAGAAAACUGUUAAGAAGGACAUAAGAUUUUUUUUAAAAAUUCACUUCAAAGUUGAUUACAUUUAAAGAUUAAAAAAAAAAAAACUAAAGCUAGACUCUACAUAUUGCUAUACUAAUAAAAGUUGAAAAUAGAUUUAGAUCUAGAACUACAUCUAUAAGAAUUGCACGUGGAGAAAACACACAAUUUCACUAUCUUUAAGCUUUAUUUUCGAUUUUCUGAACAAAUGUUUUUGCUCAAUUUCGUAUGUAUUCUAGAUCAGUUCAAAGUUCAUACUUAUAUUGUUAUAGAAUCUUUUUCUGUUGCUGGGAUAAGCUAAUACAAUUAAUUUGUAUUUUCUUUUUUGCAUUUCUCUCUCUCUCUCUGUGGCAUUUUACGUCUCUAGAGACGAUCUUUUCCCUUUGCAACUUCUUGUGUGACUAAAGGGGCCAAUCCUUGAUACACAGCUGUGAUCGCAGGUUGGGCAUAUAUGAUCACCAGGUGCCGUUGCAUUAUCCACAAUACAUUCUGUAUGGCGAUCUAAUAGAAGGCAGGAGAGACGCUGGUCGCCCACUCUUACGUUAUAUGAAUGUAUGCAAAUGUGACAUGAAGCUCUACAAAAUCGACACUAGCAGCUGGGAAAAAGUAGCACUGGAUAGAUCUACAUGGAGAGAGAGCAUAAAGGAAGGGUCUUGGAUUUUCUGCAUUUACUUAGUAAUUAAUUUACAAGCAGGCCUAAUAGUUAAUUACUCCAAAAACUUGCGGAACCCUAGUGUUCCACGUAAUACAGUUUGGGAAACACUGGACUAGACCUUGAUGAAAUAUUAUAAUGCUAAUGCCGAGUAUAUAGUAAUUCGACUAUUUAAAAAAAACUCAGAGGUUUUCUAUUGUGCCUGGAAAGUGUCACAUUUCUAGUACAACAGUAAUGUUCAAGUCUACUCAGGUUUUGUUCUGGUGAGCCAAGUGCUAACCAAAGCAAAUUGUCUUAGGAAAGCUGACUACUUUAUUGCACAUGAUCCCUCUGUAUUGUAGAUAUCCAAGUCUAAGCUAUUUAUUAAGUUUUGUUCCUUUUUACUUCAUAGUUUUGUGUACCUGUAUAUACACUAUAUAAACACAGUACACUUGUGGACAGACUGUAGAACACUCACUUCCAACACUUACAUUUGAUUGAUUUUUGGGGCUCAUUUUUUUUUUUUUUUUUUGAUGUUUCUGAAUAUAACAUUUUGUUGCAAAGAAAUAUAUUGAAAGCAUUCGUAUCAAAUAUUUCUUAUCUGUAAAAGAUAAUAAAAGCUUCAAUGCCCCACUCCCUUAUUGAUUACAUUUGAAAUAAUAGGAAUGUGCAAUUUCUAAUUGCAGAUGAAAGUUAAGUAAGUGUGAAGUUGAACAGGAAAUAAAAUCUAGUCAGAACAAUUAGUGAUGCAUUGGUGAUCAUUUUCUGCAGAAUUCUUUUAUUAAUUUAAUUUUGUGUGUUAAGUUAAUUGGCAACUAGGCUACAGCCACAAUUUCACAUCAAGUUAUUGCAGAACAACUGCAAACUUAUCCCCAUAGCGCCUAUUGCAGUGCUUUUUAGGUUUAUGUCCUACAACAGGAUAAUGUGAUGGGGUGCUAGCAACAGUUUGUUUUUAAUUUUCUUUACAAAGAGCUCAUCAUGGCUCGUUUCAAACAAGAACUAGAUUGUGGUGACUAUUUUUCAGUUAUACCGGAUGUGGUUUGCUUUUCUAUUAUCUUUCAAAUAAUUUUCAAAUUAACAGGCCUGUAGCCCCAGUGUAUAUUACAAUACAGCUAGGUCACCACCUGGGAAAAUGAGUAUUUUUGAAGCUUUUUUUGAUAUUCUAAAGGUGUUAAAAGUAUAUAUUUUUUUAAACUAGACAUAUCAUUCUAUUUUCUAAAGUUUAUUUAUUUGUAUUAGAUCUAAAAAAUUUUAUUAUUUUUUCAAAAUGUUUAUUUUUAAGAAUUUGUUUAUUCAGAGCUCCCCCCCCCCCUCCCCCUCUUUGCUAAGGGUUGGAAAGAAUUGUUCAAACCAGAAAUAGGAUUGUAUUAAAUGUAAUUCCUUCAACAAAAUUUCAUAUGGACUAUUUACUAGGGCACUAUCGCCUGUAAACAAAGAAAAUAAAUAAAAAUAAAAAGCUACUUUAAAAAAAAAACUAAAAAAAAAACAAAGCUUAUAUAAGGGAAAGAACAAAUUUCUCUGUACUGUAAGUUUUAUCUUCUUCUUCUAUAUAAAAAAAAAUAUUAAUUAGCACUUAUUGAUUACCAUAACUAACUGGCUUUUUUUUUUUUUUAAACUCAUGUAUUGCCUUCAACAAUGAAUAAUUUUGCAGUUUCAACUUGAUCCAAGAAUGAGAACUAGGAUAAAUACCAUGUCCCCCAGGAUUUGAACCAGACAGAUUGAGUAGGUUGAUAUUAGCUUUGUAAAAAUAAGAGUUACAGAAAAGAGUCAGUUAACUUUGUUAUUUAUGUUUUUUUUUUUUUUUUUACAUUUUAGUAAAUGCUCCCAAUUUUUUCAUGGAAAAUAGAUAAAGUGAUAGUAAAUUAAUACUUUUCUCAUGACCAUUUGCACUAUUUAAUGUGUUCUCAUCAAAUUAAAACAUUGAUAAAUGUCCCAUUCUGACCCUCACAGAAUACACUUGAAAUAAAUUUAAUUUUCACAGGCAAUACAAUUUUUGUGCAAGCAUUAAAUUUUGCAUUCAAUAACUAGAAUUAAGAUAAAUUGCAAAUUAGACUUUAAUUUCCCUAUGUUGGGAAUAACCAAUGAAAUGAUCCUAGUUCUAACUAAAAACAGUAUAUUCUAAUCUUUAAUGGUCUUGACUACAUUAAGGUAAAUACUGAAUAUAUUUGUAUUUUCUUGAUUCAUUUUUCAAUUUAUAAAUAAAACUAGUGGAAGGAUGUUAGUUUUAUAUUGGUUCUGAAAAGAAAGAAAAAAAAAUCUUUCAUUAUGUAUUUCAAUUAGAUGUAUGCCAUUCUAUAAUGUAAUCCUGGUUGAAGAUUAUACUUUACUGGAAAUUUUGUAUUGGGUUGCUCAUUACAUUUUUUCUAUAUCUCUGUAAAUGUAAUACACAUCCUCAUAUAAAGGCUCUGCAUUUACUUUAUUUCCAUACUUUUUUAAACCUUCAACACAAGACUUAGAUCAAAAGUCAGGGAUACCAUUCAUCUUUUUUUUUUUAUCUACAUACAUCUUAGUCUCUAUGUAUCAUAAAUCUGUGAAGCAUUGUGCCAUAAUGACAUUGUAUUCAUUCACAUGUUUACAUCAAGCUGGACCAUGAAUGCACCCACAGAUUGAAGGCAUGAUUUCAAAGCUCUGGGUCACCAGAGUUGCUUGGUUUUUUUUUUCAGGCGCAAUUGGUACUCUUUAAUACUUGAAAGUCUUUGUAUUAACAUUUUGGUGCUGACUAAUCAUGCCCUUAUAUCUUUACACAUUUUGUAUGCUGAGUUGACUCAUUCUCUCUUCUUUCCUUUAUGCAUUUUACAAAUGUGUGAAGUCUUUAUUUCCUCUCUCAAUUUAAAAUUAGAAUUCAUAGAGCUUACUAUUCAAUCACACCUGAACAUUUUUUUGUGUCUGUUAAUAAAGAUUGGCUAGUGUCAUUCAUUUUGAAUGUAAAGCUUGACACACAGUCUAUGCUACUGCUAAAGUUAAAACUAGUAUCAUAUCUUAAGAGAUCAUACUUUAUAGGGCUACUCUGGUAAGUGGUGUGCAUAGAUUGAUAUGACCCUGGCUAGUAAGCUGAAUUGUUUUACUUUGCCUGGUAAAUGCAUUUCAGAAUCGUGUACAAUGCAGAUUUGACUUUUCAGAAAAUAACUUUUCAUCUAAACAUUACCAAAUGAUUGGGAACUCUUUAAGAUUCUUAGAAUUGUAUGCUAAUAUCAUAUUUGACAGGGGCAAAUAUGAUGUUUUAUUUCUGUGUAACAGUUUCUGUGACAACUUUAGGCAAACUCAUUUGAGGCAAAAUAUAAAUGUGAAUUGGUUAUGUUUUUGUUUUAUAAUUUCUAGUUUUGUUUCUUUUUUUAAACUUAUACAUAAUUUAAAAUUUGUUAACGCAUGAACAUAUUCUGUUCUCAAUGAAAGAAAGUGAAAUGGUAUAAUUCUUACAAUUUGCACUAAAAGUUUUGACAAAUCAUUCCAGACAUUGUUUUUAUUUUCCAGACAUGUAUCUUUGAGUUUCAAGUCUUUUAAAUUAAAAACUUCUGUUUAGGUAAAUCUAUUCAGUAGAAAAUGAAAUCCAGUCAUAAAUUGUCAUGAACUAUGUUUCAUUUUCAAACUUAAAUUUGGAAGCUCACAUUAACUAUUAUUUAAUUUUAUAGAUUUUGUCUUCAACAGGUAAGGAAGACAGCUUGCAUUUUUCAAUGUCUAAUUUAUUUUGUAUGUCAUGUCCAUGGACUGUAAUAUCAGCAUAAACCAUGACAACACAUAUGAAUGUUCUUCACUUGGUUUGGCUUCUCUAUGUGAUAUUCUUCUUGUGUCAUCUAUUAUCUCAGCAUUUGAAUGUGAAUAGUACAAUUAAUGUAAUGUUUUGUAUUUCUGUGUGAAAUGUACCAACCAGUAAUCAAAUGACUUGCUCUCGUUUUCUGUCUUGUAUUUCAUAAUGUUACUUCUACCAAUGCAUCCAGUACUUAUACCAUUAGGACUUGUUUCAAAAUCAUUUCUUGUUUUCUUUGAUUGUGAUAGAAUUACCCCACGUAGGUGAUUUGGACUAAUUACUCUUUGUUUUUUGUUUUUAAUUAAGAGGAUCUGAACCCACCAGUUGAGACUCGUCAUACACAGCCUUGAUGCUCAAUUCCAUCUCUCUCUUUUGUCUUUUUGAACUCAUUAAGCUGAAACUUGUCAUUAUUGUCUUUGAAGUCAUUGUUAGAUUAUUUGUUCUCAGUCAAUACAAAACUAGUUUUAAAUGUUAAGUUAGUAAAGAAUUAUAAAGGUUAAUUAGCAAAUAUUGAUUUGAAUAAAGAACAAAUAUUGAUUUUCAAAAGUCAUGGACUAAACAGACUUGACAUUGUGUGUCACUUGGAGACUUCAAUGUCAAUCUUUCAUUAUACUAAAGGUUUGAGAGAAAACAUGCUCUGGACAUGGUAGCCCACAUUUCUUUGAACUGGUGAUUGAGUUCACGGUAACCUUCUGUAAGGUUGUAAAAACAACAUUAUGUCUGCAUUCUGGUUAUUAAAAACAUACGGUGUGGAUACACUCUGCUUUUUUUUUUAUAUACCUUGAUGUUUUAUUGAAACUACAUUUUGUUUUCUGAGCUAUUGAUGGUAUAGCUUUCUCUGUAUCAGUUGAUGAGUCAAUCGAUGAUAGAUUAGAAUUAGUACUAAUAGUUAGUCACUAUCUCUGGUGUUUAUAACACUUCAUAUUAAAUUUAGCAAUGUGCCACGGUGACUUGUAAAUAAUUGUACUAUUCCUCAUUUCAAUGAAUGGCCAUGGUGGUUAUCCCCUCCUUAACAUGAAGCUUUCUUUUGUUUGUUUGUUUGGUGUGGCUGAUGAAAUGUACUAGCCUCCUCAUUAGUGAUAAACAUUUUGUUCACUUUUUUAUAUUUUGAUUGUAUAAGAGUCUAUAUUACAAAUUUGUCACAAUGUUGACUUUUUUUUUCUCUUUUAGUUAUUGCCUAUAGAAAAUAUAACAAACAUGCAUAUAAGAAACCUUGCAGUUGCAGCAGUAAAUUUUUUUAAUUAAUGGGUCUGAUAAUACUAUUAUAUUAGAUUGAUAUUGUUUAUUGAAAUUUGAAAGAGGCUUGUGCAAAUACGAGCUACUAUUAAAAAGGUAGUUUAUUGUUUUAUGUAACCUUUUCAUGUAAUACAUUUGAAAGCCAGUCAUUGAUGUAUUCCUUGAUGUAACUUAUAGAUACUAAUAAAAGAAGAACUUUGGGUUUACGUUGCUGGGAGGGGAAUGAGAACAAAGUAGCCAGUGUUUAAUGUCAACCAUGUACAACUCAUCUACUUGCUUGUUGGCUGCAGAAAGUGGGAAAAUGGGAAUGUCAUGCUUUUUGUGUGUGUGCAUGGGGCAUUUAGUUGUUAGACCUGAACACACAAGUGUGCUCCUGUAAUGUAGCUUUGAGGAGCACGUGAUUUGUAUUGAUGACCAUUUUCAUUUCGUGUUGUUUCAUCUUCACUUUCCAGAAAGACAAAGUUUUUGUUGUUAGCCGUUAGUCCUAUAUUUGACCACGCCCUCUCUCUAUUCUCAUUGUUUUUUCUUAGCUUUACCAAACUUUAACCUGCUUUCUUUUUUUUUUUUUUUCUAAGGACUGCCAGGUGUGAGAAACGUUUUACUAACUACUGGGCAGUUUUAUCUACCCGUAGCAAAAAAGAGAAAAAAAAAGGUUGCCACAUUUAUAGUUGUUGGUCAAAAUAAUAAUGUAUGGCUACCGUGUCAUAGUUCCUUUAGAAUGAUUAAGACAAGUUUUGCGUGGCUACCUAGCCCCAUGGUACCACAGUGUAGCAGUCAACAUUUUCUCCGUCUCAGCCAAAGCAAAUGUUUUAGGAAUAUACAAAUCACUAAAACGGUUGACAUAAUAUAAAGUGACAUUUUCUUGAACAUAAGUUUCAAAAAGCUUUUUUGUCCAAUAAACUUGAUUCCAAAAAAUG